CAUGAGAAAAGGUGGGGUAUUAUCUUUAAAUGUCUGACCACCAGGUGCGUACAUCUGGACCUCUUGUGCAGCAUGAACACAGAUUCAUUCUUGCUUGCCCUUCGGCGCUUUGUGGCAAGGAGAGGAAAACCCUUUGAGAUUCUCUGUGAUCGUGGCACCAACUUCAGAGGAGGAGAGAGGGAACUUAGAGAAGAUUUUGCUGCCAUGGAACCAGUUUUGAAGCAACAGCUCGCUGAACAGAGCAUUGAUUUCAAAUUCAAUCCACCACUUGCUCCACAUUUUGGAGGCACAUGGGAGAGGGAAAUCAAGUCGGUCAAAGCUUCCCUGCGUGUCGUCCUGAAAGACCAAGCUGUCCCAGAAGAAGUGCUGAUGACUAUGCUUGUAGAAGUGGAGGGCAUUCUUAACUCGAAACCUCUUGGUUAUGCAACAUCAGACAUUGCGGACCCUGAUCCCAUUACUCCUAACCUUCUGCUUAUGGGGCGGAGAGACGCAUCCCUACCACAAGCAGUGUACAGCAAGAGUGACCUACUGGGACACCGCCGCUGGAGACACAGCCAAGUGCUUGCCGACCAUUUCUGGGUUCAGUUUACUCGCAAUUACCUACCUAACCUUCAGCUCCGUCAAAAGUGGCGCAUCGGUACCCCAGAUCUCACAGUAGAUCGAGUGGUCAUGGUGAUUGACCCACAGCUACCAAGGGCUCUGUGGCCAGUUGGGCGGGUAACUAAAGUAAUCCCCAGCGAUGAUGGCAAGAUACGCACAGCUGAGGUCGACAUAAAAGGAGUUAAAUACAUUCGCCCCGUGACGAAGCUCGUCACUCUUCCAAAAUUGCCAGAGGACUGAAGGGGUGUAUAUUAUCCAGCAGGGACAUUUGUGUUCUGCAAAUUCACUUAGUGAAUUUGGGGGCGGCUGUGCAAAUUCCCUGCUGACUCGGCCUCAGGAUGGCUAGAGGCAAGAAUCAAGCGCACCCAAAUGAGCGCAUCAUUGAUCAUGUGCACAUCACGCAGAGGGAGAGUGGGAGUGAGAGACGAAAAGCGCAGCGACAGAGCAUGGCAGUUGUAACGCAGUUUGUGUGAUUCCGUGUGCGUUAAUGAAACUAAAACCAUGCUUAUAGUCACCAAUACUGCAUCUGCCACAAUUAUAAGUGCAUAUCUGGCUGUACCACAGUUGGAUUUAUCAUGGCAAGCCCUGCUGUAACCAGUUCUUCUGUGAAGUUUCAUUAAAGACAGUGAACUAAAAA